AUGCUGCGGAUUUUAAGUUUCUGCCUCGUCUUAGCCUCAUUCGCCCUGGGAGUGCCGGUGGCCAAAUCCAGGCAGAAGGUACUGCUGAUCUCCUUCGACGGUUUUCGGUGGGACUACGACCGUGAUGUGUACACGCCGAACCUUGACACCAUGGCCCGGGAUGGAGUCAAAGCCCGAUAUGUCACCCCUCCUUACCUCACCAUCACCACUCCGACACACUUCACCCUCUUAACAGGGCGCUACAUUGAGAAUCAUGGGGUAAUCCAUAACAUGUGGUUCAAUGUGUCCACUGGGGAGAAGAAGCCUUACUAUCAGACUCAGUUUGUGAAUGAGUGGUGGGACAAUGGCACUCUGCCUAUCUGGAUCACAGCGCAGAGACAGGGCCUGAAAGCUGGCUCUCUUCACUUUCCUGGCACAGCUUCCAGUUACCAGGGAGAGGUUGCUAUGGUGAGGGAUGUGGAGCCACGGUUUUACAACUACAAGAACGAGACAGCUUGGCGAGAGAACACAGACAAGGUGAUGGGCUGGUUCAGAGACCAGGAUCUGGACUUUGUGUCCAUGUACUUUGGCGAGCCAGACAGCACAGGCCACAAAUAUGGCCCUGACUCCCCACAGCGACGGGAGAUGGUCAAGCAAAUCGACAGAACUGUUGGCUACAUCCGCGACUCAGCUGAACGUCACGGGCUGACCGACCGCCUGAACAUCAUCAUGACGGCGGACCACGGCAUGACCACAGUGUACCGCAAUGGCCUGGUGGAGGAGAUCGUCCUGUCCAAGAUUCCCGGCUUCUCCUUCAGUGACCUGUCCUUCCACCUGGUAGACUUUGGACCCUCUGGGAUGCUGCUUCCCAAGCCAGGGAAACUGGACAAGGUUUACAAUGCCUUGAAGGGGUCCCAUCCACACCUUCAUGUCUACAAGAAGGAAGAAAUGCCAGAGCGCCUCCACUUUGCCAAAAAUGCCCGUAUCCUUCCCAUCAUUUUGUGGUCUGACCCGGGAUAUGUUAUUAAUGGGUACCUGCCAGUUCAGUUCCACAAGGGAGAGCAUGGCUUCGACAACCAGGAGAUGGACAUGAAACCCUUCUUCAGGGCAGUGGGUCCGGCGUUUCAAAAGAACCUGGAGGUGGGGCCCUUUGAGACGGUGAACAUCUACCCCUUGAUGUGUCACAUCCUGGGCAUCAAGCCGGAGAUCAACGACGGCCACCUGAAUGCCACCAAACACAUGCUGGCCUCUGCCGCCACUACCCAGGGUGAUGUGAAUGUCCAGAGGAAUGUCUUCACUGGGUUUUCUGCAGUGGCUGGGUUUCUUGUUGUGCUCUUUAUCGCGGUGGUGUCCAUCAACAUGUAUAAGAGAAGGAAAGAGACAAGGUCAGCAGGUUCUGUAGAUCCCACUGAAGAGGAAAACACGAAACAAACGUCUCUUUGA